UGAACAACAAACAGUCGAGGCUCCCCGCCGCGCCCCACGUGACGCGAUGCGCAGUGCCCUUCCCCGCAAGCACACAGUGGUUAAGCUUUAACAUGACAAACCUUAAUGCACCUGACUCGGAGCCGUGCUCUUCAUUUGCAUGUGAAAGACCAGCCGACCGCCUCCUGUUGUCUGCAGCACACCGCCUGAGCUGAGAACCCAGCAAGCCAGAACCAAAGUGAAAGCUAUCUGAAUGAUUGAUCAUCUCAUCGGCCGCCCGUCUCCGAGUCUCAAAAAGGCCCAGGUACUCUUAGUAUCGACCUUCUGGGUUCUUUACUUAAUUAGAGGCCCGCGUCAUGGACCUUUGGUAGCAAAGUCGAUCAGCAAGUUCUUGACCGAGCACGCGUCGGCGUGGCAGGUCCAUGUACUCACCAUGACUGGUUUGUACGUGCUCAAGAACCUAGACAAGAUCCUGAAUUUGCAGUCGCCUGAACCACUCGCCGAUAUCUACAGUCCAUCGUUCUUCCGCGCGACGUGGAUCUUGACUGCUCUUGACGCGGGAUUUUGGACAGCGAUGCCUAUUCGGCCCAAGCCCAUCCGUGACAUUGCAAGUCUCUGCUUCAGCAUCUACUACCUCAUAUUUGCUGAUCAGGCCGACGAGAAAGUGAGAAAAGUGAGAGCUACCGUCACUGCAGAACAUCUGCGGAUAUCUUGGGAAAAAGCGACCUCGACAUACCUCCGACUUGGCCGACUAUUUACAACCCCGCGGAUCCAAGUACUAAAAGGCUUUGAGAUUGCCAGGCCGCCCGGCAGUCCCUAUCACUCAAGAAUCAAGGCGUUUCUGUACUACGACGGACCUCGGGGUUCGUUCAAGCAGCACGACAAGAUAUUGCUCAGUUUUCCCGGUGGCGGGUUUGUGAGCAUGACUCCGCGCCACCAUGACGACUCGCUCUGUAGUUGGGCUAAGCGUUUGAAGAUCCCGAUCGUCAGCAUAAACUACGGGUAUGUCAUGCUGAGCCAGAGGUUAAGAUAUUCGAUAGUCUUGCUAAUCUUUACUGUCGCGUUUAGGAAAGCACCAGAGUACCCAUAUCCAUACGGACUAGAUGAAUGCUAUGACGCGUACCUCGAGAUUAUCAGAACAAGGGGCCGCUGCAUUGGACUGUCAGGGCACUCAGAUCUUCAGAUAGUCUUGAUUGGUGAUUCUGCAGGCGGUAACCUGGUUGCGGGUACGAUUCUGAAGCUAUUGACGAAUGCAGCGCAUCCACCGCUGCCGUUGUCGGUGCUUUUGAUUUAUCCUGCUCUUGACUUGAACUUUACGUCGUGGAUGUCUGAUGAGCAGGUUCGACUGCUCAGACAGGAAAGUGUGCAUGAGCUGCAUAGUCCUGGCUUGAUGAAGCGAAAGGAGAGCAUGUAUCCAGGCAUGAGCGGUCGUUACCGGAUCGAGCAUGAGGCCAGAGAUAUUGAUGAGUUCCAGCUGCCGAACAGUAUUGACCACGACAUGUCGUCGACAAGUGCACAUUUUGCAGGGUCGAGUAAUCUGCACAACAAGUCGUAUAACGAUCUGACGGGAAGACCGGCGCUCGAGCCGCAAAGCAGCGAAAAGUCAACGAGCAGCAGUGAGAUUGGGACGUCGCUGGCGAUGACGUCUAGGGUGUCUUAUUUCAGUGACAAGAUCAUUACGCCAGAGAUGUUGCGAGCGAUGGUGAUUCUUUAUAUCGGUCCGCAUAACCGACCAGAUUUCACAGCAGACUACUUAUUAUCGCCGGUUAAUGCGCCGACGGAGCUGUUGGCGAAGUUUCCUAAGGUUUACAUGCUUUGCGGUGAAGUCGAUCCACUGGUGGUAAGUGAGAGUAGAAGAGAGGCGAUGGGGAGGACGUCGAGCUAACUGAUUGUAGGACGACACGGUGAUCUUUGCAGGAAGACUGCGAGAGGCCAAGCAGAGCGCGAGGAUGCGAUAUCAAGCAUUGGCGAUGUCGAGACCAGAUGAGGAAGCCGACUCUGUUGAGGUGUUGAUUAUCAGGGGUAUAUCGCAUGGAUUCCUGCAGUUCCCAAUGUUGCUGCCGGAAGGCAAGGCAGGGAUCGCGAGGUGCGCGGGAUGGAUCCA